AUGGCAGCCGGGUUUCACGCAGGAGAUGCUGGACCCUGCAUGGCAGCAAAGGUGCACUACGAGGAGGUCACACUGGAGAUGCUGCUCGGCCUCGCUUCUUACAUCCGCUGUUCAAAUCACAAUAACGCAAGCUUUUGUCUCCCCCUUUCUUUUCCCAAGCCCACUCUUUUUCCCGCCGCCCCCUCUCUCUCCGUUUCCUCUUCUCCCCUCUCCCCCCCCCGCUCUCCUUCCCCUUUUCCCCUCUUCUUCUUCCCGCCCUUCUCCUUUUCCCCACCCCGUCUCCUUCCCCCUUAG